AUGGCGGACAUCCCCCCCGCGGAGCCACUAGGGAAUGUUGACCAUCCAGCACGGCAGCAGGACUUCCGUGCUAGCUGUUUUGCAAAAAGGAGUACCCUGUCUCAGUGGUUUCCUCAAGUCCAAGACGACGAGGGUAAUAGUAAGCGUAUAUAUUUCUCGAGAAGAGGGCGAGCAAUCUUGAUACAAAUACUUCUGAUUAGUAUCGUAUUCGUUACUAAUAUUUCCUUGACACUAUUCACAAUUACUCGAUAUGAUAGCCAAAACGGCGUGGGGACUAUCUAUGAGGGUGACUGCGGCAAGGUCAAAGCCCUGAACCAGUGGUCUCAUCUUCUAAUCAACUGCCUUGGGACUGGUAUGCUUUCGGCAUCAAAUUACUGUAUGCAACUCCAGGCGGCUCCUACUCGAGCAGAUAUCAAUCGCGUUCAUCACGCUGCAUCGCACAAAAAAGAUAAAACCCACCAAGAGGAGCAAUGGCUCGAUAUUGGUGUGCCAAGUUUACGGAAUCUCCAGCAUAUCAAUAAAUGGAGACGGCUGGGCUGGUAUCUCUUAGCUCUAACAUCCCUUCCUAUCCAUCUGAUGUACAAUUCGGCUGUUUUUCAGUCACUUGCAUCGAAUGAUUAUACCAUUGCUGUCGUAAAGAACUCCUUUGCGAAUGGUAGCACUUGGGAUCUCACAACAGCAGAAAUUAACCGAGCAGGAGAUUACGGGUGGGAAGACACGGAAGACGCUAAAGUAAACCCAUAUGCCUAUAACUACACCGAAAUUAUUCAGACAAUGCAACGAGAUAUGUCUGGCGCCAGAUGGGAGAGAAUGAAUAUCUCCGCUUGUUUCGCAUUAUACAACGAUUACUUCGCUCCCCAAGGCAAUGGUGUUAUAUUCGUCAAGAAUGACACUGGUUCAGACGACGACAGCCUACUAAUGUACGUCUCUAUCCUACCGCGCUGGGACAACUGGGCAAAGAAUAUGUGGGCUGCUGGUAAUGGUACGCGAAAUUUCGUAGCUAAGGAGCCAGAACUUCCGGUAACCAAAUGGUUUCUGGGGCCCAAGAGAUACGAAGUAUCGUAUUGCCGAGUUCAAUCUCCCAGUACUAUCGCCAACAAAUGCCGCUUCCAGUACUCUCCGCCUAUUAUGUUCACCGUAUGUGCGUUUAACUUCAUCAAGAUACUUGUGAUGCUCUGUAUCUGGGCUAUGAGAAAAUGGCAACAUCCGAUGCGUGACGAUGCGGAUGGGACGAUUCUAUAUACCCUCGGCGACGCAAUUGCUUCGUUUAUGCGUAAUCCGGACCCGACAACCGUUGAUAUGUGUCUUGCUACCAAGGAUGACUUUAUACAACGCCGGUCGUCGAAGUCCAAUCCCGUGGAACAGCCCUUCAUUCUAAACCGGGAACCUAGGGAAUGGGGAGGACAAGGAAAGUUUUGGUUUAUGGCUGCUAGUAAACGGCGGUGGUUCGUACUACUAUUUUCAUGGUGCCUUUUCAUCUUGAUAGCUGGAAUUCUACUCGGGUUAUCUUUCAGAUGCCUCAAUCACCGAAAGCUCCCUUGGACAAUUUCCGGGCUUUGGCAGUUGGGUUUCGGCACUCUUACUCCAUACACGUACCUUGUUGUCGGAUUACCACGGGAGGAUCCCGCAGGUUUAAUCUUGCAUGUGAUUCUAGCUAAUCUUCCGCAAGUAGCCCUAUCGUUUCUUUAUAUUUUCUAUAAUGCUAUGCUGAGCACCUUUCUUGUUCAACACGAAUUUAGUCGCAUGCAUUCCAAGCGGCGGAAACCGCUUCGGGUUUCGGAACCCAUGGGGAUUCAGCGGUCCAGUUACUUUAUUUCCGUUCCACUCCGCUAUGGCAUACCCCUAUAUACGACUUCCAGCAUAAUGCACUGGCUGGUAUCACAAAGCUUUUUUCUAGCUAGGAUAACAGCUAUAUGUGGCGAUGGUUCUCCGAAGAGCUGUCCAGGUGGCCAAGUCGACAGUGUCAACUCAUUCUCUACAUGUGGGCAUAGCCCCUUUGCCCUUUUCAUCACAUUGAUUACCGGAUGCUUGAUCGUGUUAUCCAUUGCAGCUAUGGGGUUUCGCAGGUACGAUGGGACCAUGAGCAUGGUAUCCACUAAUAGUAUGGCAAUCAGCGCCGCGUGCCAUGUCCUCGAGGAAGAUCGUGAAGAGGCCUAUCUUUUACCAGUUCGGUGGGGGGUAGUAGAAAUAAAGGAUGGGGUUGGGAAGUGUACAUUUACGACGGCUCCAGACGAUAAAAUAAAGGUACCAGAGGUUGGUAUGAGGUACAAGUGA